AUGAAAACCUUAAUUGAGCUACGAGAAAUCUCCUUAUAUGCCCUUCUUUUUGCAAUAAUUUCUAUUGUCCUCGCCACAAAAUAUGCCAAAGUAAACAAGAAAAAGGGCAAGAGGCCGCCGGAGGCAGCAGGGUCAUGGCCUAUUAUCGGUCACCUGCAUCUUCUUGGAGGAAGAAACCAGCUGCUGCAUAGAACACUAGGGGUCAUGGCAGAUAAGUACGGGCCAAUCUUCUCUAUUCGUCUUGGAAUUCAUCCAACAAUUGUGGUGAGCAAUUGGGAAAUUCUGAAAGAAUGUUUCACUACAAACGAUAGGGUCUUUUCCACACGUCCGAAAUUCUUAGCACUAAAAAUCAUGGGCUAUAACCAAACUAUGUUCGGCUUUGCACCAUAUGGGGAAUAUUGGCGUGAUAUUAGGAAGCUAGUCAUGGUUGAGCUCCUCUCCAAUCAGAGGCUUGAGUUGCUCAAGCAUGUCAGGGACACAGAAACAAGUUUACUUACGAAAGAAUUAUACGAGAAAUCGGUAAAGAGUGGAGGCCAAGUGACUGUGGAAAUGAAGAAAAGGUUGGGGGACAUGGCAAUGAACAUAAUAGUUAGAAUGAUUUCUGGGAAGCGAUAUUUUAGUAUCGAUGCUAACAGCAAUCAGGAGUCAAAGAGGUGUCAAGAGGCUUUGGCAAAUUUCUUCUAUCUAGUGGGGUUAAAUUUAGCUUCAGAUGCUGUUCCUUUUCUUGGUUGGUUGGAUUCGGUCAAGGGAUAUGUAGGAAAAAUGAAAAGAACGGCAAGGGAGUUAGAUAAUGUGCUUGGGAGCUGGGUGAAUGAACAUCGACGAACCAGGCUCAAUAGAAGCAUCAAAGAGGAGGAGAAAGAUUUCAUCCACGUAAUGCUUUCUAGCAUGGAUGAUAGAGACAUUUCUGUUGAUGAAGCUGACACAACCGUUAAGGCUAAUUGCUUGAGCCUUCUAUCAGUCUCGGACACUCCGGUUGAUAUGACUGAAAGCCCUGGGUUAGCAGUCCCCAAAGCAACACCGUUGGAGGUUGUCCUCAGGCCAAGGCUACCCUCCAUCGCUUACGAAUUUUAA